AACUCUGCCAUGAAAUACAAAUCCCUGGGGCCCGAUUCUUAGAUUCUUACGCUUGUGUGGAGGAGGUGUAAGGGGAGACCACAUCGGAAUUCUCCCUUCGCUCGCACUGAGAUGGCAAGUGACUCUCUAUGACUUAAAUGAGCAUCAAGGCGCCUGUAUCACCUGGGACCGAGGCCACAGGAUGAUCUUAAUGGUCACAUUAAUUAAAUAAUUUUAAGGAAAAAGCAAUCUUCUUUUAUCUAGCUCCUGUCAUUCAAGUUUUACUCUCAUGCAGGAAACCUAGUCUCUGACACUGAUAUUAAUUACCUCUCAAUCUUCCUGAAUGGGUAAAGGAAAUCAUCGUUAUCAGUUUUGAUUAAAUGCUCAGUGAGAGAAAUUAGCAGCUUCCAGGCGAGUUGAAGAGCGAGAUUUGGGAUCAUUUUUAAAAGGGGGGAAAAAAGGACAAUCCAAUUUUUCUUCUUUAAAUCACCAAGGGUAAAACGAAGGCUCUCCCCUUGCCAGUGAAGAUAACUGAAUUGCUUUGUUUGGCCUAAACACCUGAUCAGAAAAAAACCCUGUGAACCUGCGACAACCUUUGUCUUUGCCUUACCACAGUCACUGAGUCACGGGCUGACAGCCUUACGAAGGAACCCCAAAGGAAAGAUGGUCGCCAUCAAGAAGAAAAAUCUGAAAAUGUUUACGCUUGUCUUAUUGUUUGUCAUCACGAUAACGUCGUUCUUGCUGAAUUACACUCACAGUUCGGUGAUGGUCACCUGGGAUCCCAAGCAGAUUGUCAUGCAGUUAAAAAAACUAAUGAAUUACCCCGAGAGACCAUGCAGCUGUAAUUCAUGUGUUCCCGAGCUGGGACUUUCCUUCUGGUUCGAUGAGAGGUUUAAUCAGACUAUUCAGCCUUUCCUCACCACUCGGAACACCUUCAUUCCAGAAGAGAGCUACAAGUGGUGGCUGAAAUUACAAGGAGAGAGCAAUCCUAAAAAUAUCAAUGACACUAUGAAGGAAUUGUUUGAGAUCAUUCCCGGUGACGGGGAGCAGCUGUUGGAGAGAGACGCCUCCCGGUGCAGAAGGUGUGCCGUCGUGGGGAACUCCGGAAACCUUAGGCAAUCUCAGUAUGGCCAAGAUAUCGAUGCCCACGACUUUGUGCUCAGAAUGAAUCGCGCUCCAACUGCCGGGUUUGAAUCGGACGUCGGAAGCAAAACCACUCACCACUUAGUUUACCCCGAGAGCUUCCGAGACCUGGCGGAAAAUGUCAGCAUGAUUGUGAUCCCCUUCAAAACGCUGGACCUGCGCUGGAUUGUCAGCGCACUCACCACGGGCACCAUAAACUUCACAUAUGUCCCAGUUCCCCGUAAAAUCAAAGUAAAAAGAGACAAGAUCCUGGUCUAUCACCCAGUUUUUAUCAAAUAUGUUUAUGACCAUUGGCUGCAGAAUCAUGGAAGAUACCCCUCGACAGGCAUUCUGUCAGUGAUAUUUGCACUCCACCUGUGUGAUGAGGUGGAUGUGUACGGUUUUGGAGCAGACAGCAAUGGCAACUGGCAUCAUUACUGGGAAAACAACGCUUCUGGGGGGGCUUUUCGGAAAACCAUGGUCCAUGAUGGGGAUUUCGAGUCCAAUAUCACUUUGACUCUCGCCUCUAUUGACAAAAUACGUUUUUUCAAGGGCAGAUGACCCUUAUCAUAGGCAGGGAUUUGUGGCUGCAAUUUCCAGCAGGGGUCAGUUACUGAAGUGUUUGAAGUGGCUUAUCGAAGAUGAUCUUGGGAGCUGACUAUAUUUGAAUAUCAGACUCUGCAGCUGAGGAAGUGUGUCUCACUGCUGUGACGAUCAUUGAAUGAAAGUAGCAUGCAGUAUUGGUGCCAUACUGCACUUGAUUUCCUUAUUUGAGAAUAGAGACGUUGGGGACCUAAGGAUCAAUUAUGGGGAAUAAAUGAUGUGCGGAAUCACAGGGGAUGUAUGGAAUUAUGAAAUCUUGAAAUACUGGGAGAGAUGUGCCUCUUGCUGUUAGGGUAAUCAAGGGGAUCAUUUUCUAGGAAUUACUGUAUGUGUGUGUGCUUUCCUUGCAUAAGGCAGGAAUGCCCUGAAGAGGAGAGGUGAAAACAGCUUCCUGAAUGUCCCACCAACAUGGCUGGCUAUGAACACUGUAGUAAGGAUUACCUCAAAAGAACACGUUCACUUAUUCUGCUGUUGAUCUUUUCUUUAAACCAUCUCUUCUCUUCACUGUGUCAUUUCUGGUUCUGCCUUGUAUUAUGGACAAAGGUGAUGUACCUGACUUGCAAGGAGUACUGACUACCUUUGGCAAUGUAUCAAUCCACAUCGAGAAAUUCUGGAUCAAAUCCUUCAUGUCCAGUUAACUGCAUAUUUUAAUGUAGCAUCCUACACAGCCAUAAUGAGACGAAGAAAAUCAAAAUAAGAUUGUGAUUGAAAAUGCCAGCCAAAAUGGCCUUUUUAGCCACUGGUUUGUUUGGGUUUCUUUAAAUAUAAUUUUAUUUUUAUUUUAUUUUUUGAUAGAUACUCUGAAUGCUAAUUUUUGUUGAAUCCAUUCAAGGUAGAACAGUGGACAUUUUUUUUCUUUCAGUGGUUUACAUGUGCCUUUUAUAUUUGUGCAACAGAUGUAAUUUUUUUUAAAGACGAAAAUCCCUAAAUUAAACUUUUUAUAGGAAAAAAAACAGUUAACCAAAGCUUAGUCUCUACACGGUAUCAUUUUGUAUUCUAAACUAAUAAUGACAUCGCCUGUAUUCUACUUGACGAGGGUAGUUUUUAAAGGUAACUUUUACCUUUUUUUUUUUAAAGGAGAAAAAAAUCCAAAAGUUGAUAGGAAAAUUUUUAUUCUAUUUUUUACAUCUUAGAAGGUGAUAUCUAUUUAAAUGUAUUUAAGUGAAAGUAUCAGGCACAAGGAUGGGAGCUACAGAAGUGAACAGAGCUGCAUGGGCAUCUACCACGACAUAUCCUCUAUGUAUUGAUUCUACAGUAUGAUCCAGACCUCGGGAAGAUUUGUAUCUUUAGACAAAUGUAUAUAUUAACAUUAUUACUUCUAUGCAGCAAGGGGUGAAUAAGAAAUGUUGUAUUGGAGACUUUGUCUACACAGAUUCUUCCUAAAAUCUAUUUGACCUUCAUUUCUGUUGUUCGUUGAUAUUUUAAACAUGAGUUAAAGUCUGAAAUCGGGAGGGGAGGGUGAUUUGAGGGCGGUAGCACUUGCUUCAUAAUAUCAUGAAGAUGGGAUUCAAGGAAUCUAUGAACCAUAUCCAAUGCCCAGGGAAGCCAGUGCCAGUCUUUCCACUGAACUUCAGUGGGCUCUGGAGUAGAUUUUGAAAGAGCUGCAGGUUUGAUAUUUUUCUUAUUUUGUUGUUUUUUGUUUUGUUUUAGGAGUUUUGUUUGUUUGUUUGUUUGUUUUUGUGACUAGAAUCUGUGGUAAUUAAACACACACACACAUACUAGCUAACUAAGAAAUAGCAUGUUCAUUCAUUAGCCAAUUUGGUGGCAGUGUCUGUUUUAGUUACUGUUAUGUCAGUACCGUAGGUGAAAGCCUGGCCCCCUGAAGUCAAUGGAGUUUUGCCAUUGACUUCAAUAAGGCCAGGAUUUCAGCCCCACAUUUUUUGCUGUGUCUGGUUUUUCUGAGUAUCAGAGGGGUAGCCGUGUUAGUCUGAAUCUGUAAAAAGCAACAAAGGGUCCUGUGGCACCUUUAAGACUAACAAAAUGUUUGGGAGCAUAAGCUUUCGUGGGUAAGAACUUCACACAUUCAGAUUUACAAUGUGAUGGCAAGAUCAGUCCAAUUCUCUCUAUUUAUGACCUCCAUCCUCCCACCACUUGCCAAUGUGAGUAACUUUACACACACAAGCUGGCCCACUGGAUUCACAGAACAUGAAGGACAAGCUUCACACACGUCAUUUUCACAGUAGCUGCCAACCUUUUCCAUAAUAGGACACCCACCCACACACACACACCCAUGACUUUCCAUCUGUUUACCCAUGACACCCUCCCUUUAGCAAUAGGGGAAGGGCAGAGUUCUUGAAACCUGACACCUGUAAGUAACCCCAAUAUUGAGAGCUGCUGUCCUAGAAAGAUGACCAAAAGAGCCACUCUCAUGCAAGUUUCCAGGAUAAGGGCAUGAUUCUGCAGUUGUAACAAAAAUGAUCUUCUCUUCUAAAAUCACUUUGUAGAAGAAUGAACCUGAAUCAUAUUUUUGAUAUUACCACUUUUUAAUGAUGAUUAUAAUUCAGUGUUUCCCAGGCAGGUGACAAACUACCCCGUUUCCCUCAAAAUGGUUGAUUUUAAAAAAAUACUCUGAGAAUUUGAUUUAACAGCAGUGUCAUGUUUUCAGCCUGUGCUUUGGUGGCUGGGUUUUGCAGAAACAUGUACAACAUGAAUGCUGUUCUUGCAUUUCUUUUGUAAAUGAGAAAGUUUGCCGAUAAAUUCCCUGUAUAUUUAAGUCAUUUCUGGGGAAGACUUUCAAAGGCGCUCCUGGCAGUUCGGCUUGUAACAGAAGUUGGCAGUUUGGGGUCAAACGCCAAUUGAAAAUCAAUGCGAUCUGGUUAUCUAACUUCCAGUUUGCUCUGAUCAUCCAACUGGUUUCUAAGUGAAGAGGCAGCAAAAGAGGCCACUGGAGAAUUCCAUUCCCACUGCCAGUAUUUUCAACUGUCGUCCUGCUAGGAACUGAGAACUGUCUUUUUAUUUUUAUGUUUUUAAAGGCUAUAACAUUAAAUCUUGAACCGCAUAUGCUACCAAUGCACACUCUCCAAAGCACUUCUUGAUUGCGUGGUUUGUUUUUAACCAAACUGAAUUUCUUGAGCACUUUUUUUUUUUGGUCUCCAGAUGCUUCUUCCUAGUUCUCUUUCCUUGGAACACAUUGAUUAUUAUCAUCAGUCUCUGUCUGAUUGAAGGGAGUCUGGGUCACUCAUACUUUGACAUUUUAUUUAUUGUUGAAUUUUUCAAUUCAGUAAGAAUCAAAAUAAAUUUUUUAUUCUAAUCAA